GUCCCUGCGGCUGGCGGCCCAGCCGUGUGUCUCCUCCUCCGCCGCCGCCAUAUUGUCUGUGUGAGGAGAGGGGAGAGCGGCCGCCGCCGCCGCCGCCACCACCACAGGCUCCACUCCUGACUCCAGACUUCCUUCUCCACCAUGCCUCUUUACAGUUGGAGAAAACAAGGGGUCUAAACAAGGCCUUACCCCUAGUUGGCUCUGAAUUAAGUGACUACCAGAACUUUAACAUCAAGUCCAGCUUUGCAAGCCAACCUGUCUGACAUGUCGGGACCCGUGCCAAGCAGGGCCAGAGUUUACACUGAUGUUAACACGCACAGACCCCGGGAGUACUGGGACUACGAGUCACAUGUGGUGGAAUGGGGAAACCAAGACGACUAUCAACUAGUUCGAAAGUUAGGCCGGGGUAAAUACAGUGAAGUAUUUGAAGCCAUCAACAUCACAAAUAAUGAAAAAGUAGUUGUUAAAAUUCUCAAGCCUGUAAAGAAGAAGAAAAUCAAGCGUGAAAUAAAGAUUUUGGAGAAUCUUCGAGGUGGCCCCAAUAUAAUCACGCUGGCAGAUAUAGUAAAAGACCCUGUGUCACGAACACCUGCCUUGGUUUUUGAACACGUAAACAACACAGACUUCAAGCAAUUGUACCAGACGUUAACAGACUAUGAUAUUCGAUUUUAUAUGUAUGAGAUUUUGAAGGCCCUGGAUUAUUGUCAUAGCAUGGGGAUUAUGCAUAGAGAUGUUAAACCUCAUAAUGUCAUGAUCGAUCACGAACACAGAAAGCUGCGACUAAUAGACUGGGGCUUGGCUGAAUUCUAUCAUCCUGGCCAAGAAUAUAACGUCCGAGUGGCUUCACGGUAUUUUAAAGGUCCUGAGCUUCUUGUAGACUAUCAGAUGUAUGAUUACAGUUUGGAUAUGUGGAGCUUGGGUUGUAUGUUGGCAAGCAUGAUCUUCCGGAAGGAGCCAUUUUUCCAUGGACAUGACAAUUAUGAUCAGUUGGUAAGGAUAGCAAAGGUGCUGGGGACAGAAGACUUAUAUGACUAUAUCGACAAGUACAACAUUGAACUAGAUCCACGUUUCAAUGAUAUCCUGGGCAGGCACUCCCGUAAGCGAUGGGAGCGUUUUGUUCACAGUGAAAACCAGCACCUGGUCAGUCCAGAAGCCCUUGAUUUCUUGGACAAACUGCUGCGAUAUGAUCACCAGUCACGACUCACGGCAAGAGAGGCCAUGGAACACCCUUAUUUCUACCCAAUUGUGAAGGACCAGGCUCGGAUGGGCACAUCCAACAUGCCAAGCGGCAGCACUCCUGUCAGCACCGCCAACAUGAUGUCAGGGAUUACUUCAGUGCCAACCCCUUCACCACUUGGACCUCUAGCAGGCUCGCCAGUGAUUGCUGCUGCCAACCCUCUGGGGAUGCCAGUUCCAGCUACCGCAGGCGCUCAGCAGUAAUGACGGCCUCUGUCUCCUGAUGCCUGAGCAGAGCCGGGCGGGGGAGGGGGUUCCGCUCCAUCUCUCCCUUUGAUGCAGUUGUGCCUGGCAGGGGAGGGGAUGGAACACUUCGGAGGCGCCGUGUCUGAACAGUUGCUUGUGGAUUUAUAGUAGUUCAGUCAUUAUAAAAAAUUAUUAUAGGCUGAUUUUUUUCUUUUUUUCUUUUUU